AGAGACGCUCGUGUGCUCCGCCAAUCGGGAGCUCGAAAUCUCGGGACAGUGUUCGGCCGCGCUACGUCCGCGUUUGCCCGUCACACCGUUCAACGUUUUCGAGUGGAAAACUUUGGAAGUUGGACAAACAAGACAGCAAAAGAGGGAGUCUGGUUCCACUUUGGACGCUGGGUUUGGCCCCCUUGCCGCCCCCGUCCGAGCCCCGCCAUGCCUCUGGUCACCAGGAACAUCGAACCGCGCCACGUGUGCCGCCAGUCCAUCCCCACCAGCAUCCGCAGCGAGCUGGAAUGCGUCACCAACAACAGCUUGGCCAACAUCAUCCGUCAGCUGGGCAGCCUCAGCAAGAAUGCGUCCGACGUGUUCAUGGCGCUGUUCGAACAGGCGGAAGACUUUGCCACCAGGGUGGAUUCGCUGGGGGAUAGAGUGGACCGCCUGCAGGUCAAAGUCACGCAGCUGGACCCCAAAGAAGAGGAGGUCUCUCUUCAGGCCAUCACCACUCGCAAGGCUUUCCGCAGCAAUCUGAUUCAGGACCAGCAGCUCUUCACCAGGCCGUCGCUGCCCAUGCCCGUGCAGGACACCUACGCCACGUGCAACCCACCGCCGCCGCUCAACCUCCUCAGCCCAUACCGCGAGGAUGGAAGAGAGGCCCUCAAUAUUUACACCAAUCCUUCCUACUUCUUUGACCUGUGGAAGGAGAAGAUGCUGCAGGACACCAAGGACAUCAUGAAGGAGAAACGAAAACACAGAAAGGAGAAGAAAGACCACCUGAACCAGCGCACCCUCAACCCCCGCAAGAUCAAGACCAGGAAGGAGGAGUGGGAACGCCGCAAGAUGGGCGAGGAGUUUGUGGUCCCCAAGAAUGAACUGAACUCCUCUGAGGGUCUGAAUGGAAGUAUCUGCUCUGGCGACGGCUUCACCUCAGAGGGCCUGGACUUGAGCACGGGUUCCUACGCUUACGACCCGGGUUCCUCACCGCCCGGCCCCGACGACUUCCUGCCUCCCCCGCCUCCAGACAUGGGGUACAACGACGGCCACUAUGGUGGUGCCACCCACAAGCGGGUCAGCGUGCUGAGCCCCAACCACCCACCUCCUGCUCCCCCGCCGGCCUCGCCCCAGUCCAACUCUCGCCCUCACAUCUCCCCACCUCCAGCACCUCCUCCCCCGCCGCCCUCCGGAUUUGGGGUCCCCCUGCCUCCCCCUGGAUUUGACAGCCCUCCUCCUCCUCCCCCACCCUCCGGUGCCUAUCUCUCGCCGCCUGCUCCGCCUCCCCCUCCCAACAUGUCCUCCAUGUCCCCUCCGCCCCCGCCUCCCAUGGCCGCCGGAGGCGGCCCUCCACCCCCUCCGCCGCCGCCCCCACCCCCCGGCCCGCCUCCGCCGUCCUUUGACGCCCCCGCUCCCUCUCUUCCCUCUGCUGCGAUGGCGACCAGCGCCCCCAAGCCGCAGCCAGUGCCCACCCCUGCCGGCGACGCCCGCAGCGACCUGCUGCAGGCCAUCCGACAAGGCUUCAACCUGCGCAAGGUGGAGGCCCAGCGGGAGCAGGAGAAGAGCGACCACUUUGGCAAUGACGUGGCUGCCAUCCUGUCGCGACGCAUCGCUGUGGAGUGCAGCGACAGCGAGGACGACUCGUCGGAGUUCGACGACGACGACUGGUCUGAAUGAUGAUCAUGGCCGCCUUUUUCUUUUUUUUUCUCUUUUCGCCUUUCAAUCACUAGCAAGCACUCAGGUUAGCACAAUCAUUCCUUCCUUUCUUCUAUUUAACAACAACGCUGCACAAACUUUGUGCUCCGUUCACACGUGUAACAUGUCUCUCUGCCGACAUCUUCUCUCAUCGUUCCUUCCUGUUCCUCCGCUGCUGCCGAGUGCCAGAUUGAAUCUGCUUUAGUGCCUUCUGGCAGCGGAUGAUUGAGCGGGAAUAAGUGCCACACAUCCUCGCUAAUUAACGCCUCUAACGUCUUUAAGUAGUUAUUGUCUGUGCGUGCGUCAGCAUGGGAACAUGUUUGUAUUCGGUGCAAAGGAAACAGGAAGUUGCAGCGGUACCAUAACGCAGACGUGCAGGAGGAGACACGUAUGUCAUUUACGUGUGACGCGCUUCCUAUUUAGUGGCUUUUUUUCAAGAUGAAUUAAAUUGCAAAGUUAUGCUAAAAGAGCACGCAGAAAGCUUUGCCAAAGUUCUUUUUAUGAUUAUUUGUAUGAAAACAGCUUCUCGUUUCUUGUGUGAACGCUUAAGUCCCAAAGACUCAAAACAAAUUUAUUUUAUCUGGGUUAAAAUGUAAUAAAUUUGCCGAAUGUGUUGCUGUGUGUUGUCCGUGGCAUUUGGGGGGGGGGGGGGGUAAUAACGAUGCAGUGGCAUUACUCGCCAUGCCACAUUGGCAGAAAGAGAGUAAAAAAAAAAAAAAACAAGAACUUAGAACUACUAAUGAAGCUGCUCACACCGAUCCCUCCUGCAACGUCUUAUUCCCUGGUGGUCCAUGUGCGGUAUCGUGUGUUUAUGAGUAAGUGGGAACAGGGAGCACCAAUUCUAUUUGCGGUGGGCUGCUACAGAAUAAAUGAAAACAGGGAACAUGGAAAUUUGAAACAACUCAUAUGUUCGAUGUCGGGAUGUCCCAAUCGACAUUUUAUUGAUAGUCUCGCUAAUUAAGCAAGACUAGUACCGCUCCUUUUUUUUUUUUUUUUUUUAAAGCUUUUGUAACAAACACGUGGAAUGGAAUACGGUUAUGAAAAUAGCUAUCGAAGGCAUUAAAAAUAAUAAUAAACUGUACUAUUUUAUUACACCGCAUGACCAAUAAUAUUGUUUGGCUUUAUAACAAACCUGAGAGUCAGGUUCCUCAUCCAAUAAAAGAUCAAAUUGAGGAAAAAAUAGGACUAAUCAUUUGACAUGGUUAUAGAUCAGGGGGGAGCAAGGUGGAAUCUUACAGUUUUUAUAAAUAAAGGAAUGCGUGGUAUACAAUAUGAACGGUAAAAUAUUGACUAUUGAAGAGUAUGUGAGCGAAGUAGAACGUUAUUGGUAUCUGGAAAGAAAAGAGAUUUCUGAUGUCUACAAUAUUUUGAGUGUGAAUGUCACUGUAGGGGUGUUAUUUUAUGUGUAGAGGGCUUUAAUCAUGUUAAAGUGUACAUACGUAUAUUUGCAUACAGGUUUUCUAUGCUCUAACUACCACAAUAUUCAUGUUUUUUUUUUUUAUUUCUACGUAACUGCCAUGUGUGUGGCGGCACGGCGGUCGAGUGUUUAGACCUCACAGCUAGGAGACCAGGGUUCAAUUCCACCCUCGGCCAUCUCUGUGUGGAGUUUGCAUGUUCUCCCCGUGCAUGCGUGGGUUUUCUCCGGGUACUCCGGUUUCCUCCCACAUUCCAAAAACAUGCUUUCACUUUACCUUAAUUCUUAAUGUAAUUUUUUUUUUGUCAUUUUUACCAUAAAACGUCCUUGUUAGCAUCCCACUCAUUUCAACACACUGUUUUUUUUUUGGUUAACAUCGAAAAUGUUGCUUCAGUUUGCGCACUUUUUGUAGUUAGUCUACAAUAUGGUGCGUUCUUAAUGUAAUUAAAAAAAAAACGUUUUUUAUAAUUUUUAGCAUAAAACGUCCUUGUUAGCAUCCUACUAGUUUCAACACAGUUUUUUUUUGGUUAACGUCGAAAAUGUUGCUUCAGUUUGCGCACUUUUUCUAGUUGGUCUACAAUAUGGUGCAUUCUUAACGUAAUUAAAAAAAUGUUUUUUGUAAUUUUUAGCAUAAAACAUCCUUGUUAGCAUCCUACUAGUUUCAACACAGUUUUUUUUUGGUUAACGUCGAAAAUGUUGCUUCAGUUUGCGCACUUUUUCCAGUUAGUCUACAAUAUGGUGCGUUCUUAAUGUAAUUUAAAAAAGUUUUUUGUAAUUUUUAGCAUAAAACGUCCUUGUUAGCAUCCCGCUAGUUUCAACACACUGUGUUUUUUUUGGUUAACGUCGAAAAUGUUGCUUCAGUUUGCGCACUUUUUCCAGUUAGUCUACAAUAUGGUGCGUUCUUAAUCUAAUUUAAAAAAAUGUUUUUGUAAUUUUUAGCAUAAAACGUCCUUGUUAGCAUCCCACUCAUUUCAACACACUGUUUUUUUUUUGGUUAACAUCGAAAAUGUUGCUUCAGUUUGCGCACUUUUUCCAGUUAGUCUACAAUAUGGUGCGUUCUUAAUGUAAUUAAAAAAAUGUUUUUUGUAAUUUUUAGCAUAAAACGUCCUUGUUAGCAUCCCACUCAUUUCAACACACUGUUUUUUUUUUGGUUAACAUCGAAAAUGUUGCUUCAGUUUGCGCACUUUUUCCAGUUAGUCUACAAUACGGUGCAUUCUUAAUGUAAUUAAAAAAUGUUUUUUGUAUUUUUUUGCAUAAAAUGUCCUUGUUAGCAUCCUGCUAGUUUCAACACACUGUGUUUUUUUGGUUAACGUCGAAAAUGUUGCUUCAGUUUGCGCACUUUUCCAGUUAGUCUACAAUAUGGUGCAUUCUUAAUGUAAUUAAAAAAAGUUUUUUGUAAUUUUUAGCAUAAAACGUCCUUGUUAGCAUCCCGCUAGUUUCAACACACUGUUUUUUUUGGUUAACGUCGAAAAUGUUGCUUCAGUUUGCGCACUUUUUCCAGUUAGUUUACAAUACGGUGCGUUCUUAAUGUAAUUAAAAAAUAUUUUUGUAUUUUUUUUGCAUAAAACGUCCUUGUUAGCAUCCUAGCGGCUGACUGUAAAUCUUUGCUAAUUUACACAGUUACACAAUGCUUGUUUGUCUAUAUGUGCCCUGUGAUUGGCCGCGACCCUUGUGAGGAAAAAGCGGUAGAAGAUGAUUGAAUGAAUGACGUGUGUUAUGCAAGUUUCCCCCCCAAAACCAAGUGCGGCUACCUUCUAUAUUUAUUACACAAUCUCUGUCCUCACACCCAAGAACGCCCCCCCCUUAACAAGGCUUGCAGUCAGAGCGUUAAUGCUAACUGGCUUUUUUAGAUCAGGACUAGAAGGCCUCCAACAGGCAAAGACUGCUAAAAGCAGCCGAGGGAAGAAUGCUGACAUCAUGGAGUAGGAAAAAAAAAAGCAUAUUUAUUAUUCAUCGGUAUAAAAUAUUUAGUCAUCUGAAAAAGGUUGUGCAACGCGAACGGACGGUCGGAAUCGCUUGAAAGUGCCUUGAAGGAGAGCAUGUGCAAAAUAGUAACUCCAGAAUGUUCUGUUUCAAGUACAUGGUUGCUUCCAAACCACAUGAAUGUCACUUAAUCCACUUCUUCAUCAGCAGCUGCCCCCCCCCCCCCCCCGCCCCCCCUCCUGAUUGUUCUCACUCCGCAGGAUCCAGUGGCGCUACAGCGGGGGCUGAUGGUUGCAGGCACAAACAUGACAGUCCAAGAUGGCCGCCUGCCAGGACAGUCCAGAACGUUCUGAUGAUAAAGUAGGACCUCGUGUCUUGGAAAAGUGCGGCGUGUGCGUGGGGGAGUAUUGAAAAGAUUUCACACUCCCGAGUCGGACGGGGGAGGGGGAGGGGGGAGGCGGACGCGCUACUUUUUCUUGGCACAAACGGCAUCGCCUGGCAUGGUGCGGUUGUCACGGCGGCCUACACGUCCACGGGGUGGUGCAUGUGCGUGGCGUGCGAGCGGUGCCUGCGGGGGCAGCAGGCGUGAAGCAGCACCUUGCGAAUGUCUUUGUUCCUCAGGCUGUAGAGGAUCGGGUUGAGCAGGGAGCUCCCCGCGGCCGGCGCCAGCGUGGCGUAGGUGUAAAGCGGCGGGCUGGAGGCGUCGCCCAGGAGCCCCCACAGCGAGAACGGCAUCCAGCAGCCCACAAAGACGCUCAGCACCACCACCAGCCGGGAGAAGCCCCGCCCGCUGCCGUGCUUGCUUGCAUAUGACUGGUUGGAAGGCAGGAAGUGCCUUUGGGUGGCGAUGGCGUGGGCGUGGCGCCGGGCUACGCGGCAGAUUCCGGCGUAGAGCUGCAGAGUCACCAGGACCACCACCAGGAAGCCCCCGCACAGCAGCGACAGGUACGUCCGGGUGAGCGGUCGCGCCACCGAGCAGGAAUCGGGCUUGUCCAGACAGUGCCACCCCAUGGCCGGGCCCGCCCCCAUGAAGCACGCCCCCAGCCACACCAGCAGCAACAGGAGCGCGGCGCGGCGGCGGGACUGACCCGAGCCGUAUGUAAGGGCGUGGCUUAAUGAGAGGUAGCGGUCCAACGCCACGCCCAUCAGGCUACACAGCGAGGCGGUCAGCGACGUCACCAGCAGUCCCGACGUCACCAGCUCGGACCAGUCGCUGGGCUCCAGGCAGAACAGGAAGAGGAAGUGCAUGAUGAGAGCCACGCCCGCCAGCAGGUCGGCCAAGCCCAGGCUGGCCAGCAGCAGGAACACGGGAGCCCGUAGCGACGGCGUGGCCAGGAUGGUGGUCACCACCACGGCGUUCUCGGCGGCGAUGAGCGUCCCUGACACGCAUAGGGCCACGCCCCACGCCGUCAGCGGCGGGGCGUCCUGCCGAGGCGAGUUGCCCGGCUGCUCGGCUCCCGAGAAGGGGUCCGCCGCGCCCGAAGACUCGUCCCAGGGCAGGUCAGAGUUGUUUGCCGUCAUGGCUGCUCAGCGGUUACACACGCCUGGAAAAUAUAAACAUUUAUAUAUAAUACACCAUCUUAUCAUGUCAUUGGGAGUGACCAAGAUGGAUAGGAUCAGGAAUGAAUCCAUUAUAGAGACAUUACAUGUUAGAGGCCUUGGAGAUGGUUGGGUCCAGAGGAGAUCUAGUGAAUAUGUUGGUAGAAGGAUGCUGGCGUAGAGGAAGACCAAGGAGGUUUAUGGAUGUAGAGAAGCAUUAUGUAAAUAAUAAUAAGGAUCGUUUGGUUCUCUUGGGUGGGGGUCUGCACUUAGCAAACAAUGUUGAAAAUGAUAAAUAGAUACACUCCCCCUUUUUCAAAACAUUGCUGAAGCAUUAUGGCAUAUUUGUGUCUCCUCGCUCCCCUCCUCCAUUUCCAGACUUUCAUAAAUAAAGCUGACACCUUAGCUCUUCAUCACCAAAGCAUUAAAAGAACAACAACCGGGGAGUGCCCCCCUCCCGCUAAUGUCCAGACAAGACGUUCGGCCCACGGAGGCCCACUGUGGACACCUCGUACCACGCACAGCUGCUGCAUUCCACCGAGCUCCGGCGCUUAUGCAAGCGCUCAAGCGCGCACUAUUUCGUGCAAAUCCUCAACGUCGUUUUGAAUGGGAGUAUUUUAAAGUCAGACAGCGACACGCGCGGGUUGUUGAUUUCAGACCGGGGGGGGGUGCAUGUUGUAUAAUACUGUACACCUCCAUUGCAGCAUAUUACAUAAUAUAUUAAUGAAUAAUUACCUUUUAAAAAAGAUGCUUAAAUGUCUUUCUUUGGUUCCUCCUCUUAAAGAUCCAAAGGGGUGCAGCCUCCGGGGUUCGGUACCGGAUGAAACCAAAAAGCGGGACGUUCCACGACGAGCGCUCGUCCUUCAUCCAGUCCCACGUCCUGACGUCCUAUGGUUCGGCGUCCUCGCCGUCGUCGCUGCAGGUCCAAACUGGCGGAACCGAUGCUGGAGCGCGCCUUCCGAGACCACAAGAGGGCUUGUCUGACGUCACGGGCAGGGGCGAUCCACCAAUCGGGAGGCGAGGAUGCAGGCGCACACACAUGAAGCAAGUACAACAGCUGAGAAGGCUUCCCCCCCUGCUGUUAAUGGCGUGCGUGGGUGCAGCACCAACAUCAGCAUCAGCAGCAGGAGGAGGAGGCGGGGCCGAGAGGGGAAUCUCGUCCUGUCGGCACCAUAUUAGGGCACUUCCUGUCCGCCUGGAUACGUCAUGGAGUGGCGGGUGACCCGAGGUGGGCCUUACGGUUGCCAGCUCCCAUUGCCGCCCUUGAGGACCGACCCAGGAGGACCGACCCAGGAGGAGGACGACAUUUGGGAUUCCAACGUGAAGCUCUCGAAGAAGAUCCGCUUCGGUCCAAGGAUCCAGUAUGAAGACGCUGCUGAUGAAAGUCUUCUGCACCACGAUGCUGGUCCUGGUGGUGGUGCCCUGCGUGCGCCCGCAACCAGGUGAUGAUUCUUAUAUGUUCUACAACAUAGAGUAUA